UCCCGCACACUUCAAUAGUCUCCUCGUCACAGUGACGGCAUGAGCCAGCUGCUCCCUCCCUCAGCUCACUACAGAAGCUGCUCGAGAUAACCGACUGCACCCCUGCUGUGAAGUCAGUGGAGCGCCCGUGCUUCUAAACGAAUGGAGGGAUGCUUAGCCUAGAACGAUUUUCUUUCACCUAAUAAGCCGGUGCUGUUAAGAUGUUGAGUCGGUUUCAAUGGAGGAUAUCCAAAGAAAGUACUCAUUAUAAUUCUGGAAAGUAACGUUCUAAAACAAACUUGCUGUAGACUACGCAAUUAUGAACGACAUAAAACUCGCAGUCUUGGGAAGUGGAGGAGUCGGGAAAUCAGCUCUCAUCGUUCGAUUCCUGACAAGGCGAUUUAUUGGCGAAUAUGCAUCCUCAUCAGAGUGUAUUUACAGGAAGCGUCUCUCUAUUGACGGCAGACAACUCAAUCUGGAGCUCUAUGAUCCUUGUUCCCAGGGUGGAGAGGGAAAGUCCAACCUCAAUGACCAGAUCCACUGGGCCGAUGGCUUCGUGGUCGUCUAUGACAUCAGCGACCGUUCCUCUUUCAUCACCGCCAAGGCCAUAGUGCACCUGAUCCGAGAGCUGCAACUGGGCGUGGCCAAAAGGGACACGGACUCUCUGGUGUUCCUGGUGGGGAACAAGCAGGACCUGUGCCACAUGAGGGAGGUGCGCCGCGAGGAGGGCCAGCGUCUGGCCGCCGAGCACCGCUGUCAGUUCUACGAGCUGUCGGCCGCCGAGCACUACCAGGAAGUGGUCCUCAUGUUCUCCAAGAUGGUCCACAACGCCAGCAUGGGCAGCAAGGCCAAGGAGCGUCGGCGCCGCCCCAGCGGCUCCAAGUCCAUGGCCAAGCUCAUCAACAAUGUGUUUGGCAAGCGGAGAAAAUCGGUGUGAGACCCCGCCCCUGCCACCUGCCCUGGUGUUUAAACCAAAUUCACCUAACAGGCUAUCAGCAGGACUGUUUUUGAAGACUCGCGCAUGGAUUCGAGACCAAUAGACUGACCAAAUAUAGCCUGAGAGCUAUUCCCUGGUCUGUUAAUGCUAAUGCUGUUGCUAUCGUUGUAACGUGAAGUUACAUUUUGUUUUGAGGUAUACAUGAUAAUACAUUUGUGCACUGUGCUUUUCGGAUGGGACUACUUUUAGCUUACUGCCUUCCUGACUUACUCACAUUGAACGUACCUUUGGCUUGCAAUCGUCAGGGAAUGGCAUAUUUAGCACAUGAUAUUUCAACCAAUUGUACAGUGGUUGGGUGAUUGUGUAAGAGUUAUGUAUUGUAAGCCUUAGUGGUAUUUUGACCUUGCCAAAUAAAUGUGAUGUAAGUCCUUAACUCCUGUAUAAUAGCUUUUUUUUAAUUUUACCCCACAUAUACGAAACACAAGGGGUUAAUCUUGAUCUUUUAUUUUAUGGGUCAUAUGACCUUCAGCCUACUGUAUGUCUACUGUGGCAUGAUUGAAAGACGAUUUCCAGUAGUAGAAUAGCUCAUGCAAAGAAAUGUACAGGCUUGGUUUGGGAUGGUAAAGUAGGUUAAGACAAUAACUGAUAAAGCUGUAGGUUAAACCUCUCUGUGAGUAAGAACUGAGAAGAGUUGUGGAGCGAGAAGAGAGAGGGAAAGAGAGAUUAGAAAGACGACGCUAAUUCACCUGCCACAUCUUUCACCUCUCACAUUGUUCAUACACUACUUAUCAAUUAUGCGAUGUGACUGAUACUGAAGCAAGUGUGCUAUUGCUGGAUAUAUUCCAUGGUGGCUAGCACUGUCAUUUUUAUCAAACAAUAACAUUACAGCUUGGCUGAAAGGAAAGUUAUUUUCAUCCUGCCUCUGGGGAAAUUAUUUUCACUGCAACUCUCCAGUGUCUCUCCAGGAUGAUUGCAGGUUUGUGUUGCCUUUCAUUUAGCUUGUAAAUGAUUAACUAAUAAAGUAAUCUCCCAGACAG